AUAUGUUAAUUCCCGACUUACAUUCGUCUUCAAAACAGACACUUUCAGUGUCGUCACACAACGCUUUCUCCCUUAUUUGACAGUUCCUCCUAAACAAAAGACAGAGAGAAACCUAGAGACACUAUUGCAAGGAAAAAAUUCUUGUCCUCAAAAGCUACCUUCUUGUUUUUGCAUUGCCAAGAUGGAACGUUAUGUCAUCUUUUUUUGGUCUAUGUUAGUAGCAGUGAAGGGUGAAUUCUGUGGAAAACUUGGAGAUAAGGAAUUUUACUGCGAAGAAGGACACUGCUGUGGGGACAUGAAAUGUUGUACAUAUUACCAAUAUUAUGAGAUGUGGUGGUUUUGGCUCCUCUGGGUUAUCAUCAUAUUACUUGGAUGUACAUGUGUAUAUUAUAAAAGACAUUACGCUGGACCUUAUUCUCGAAUGAGCAAUUACUGGUAUGCUAUGAUGAAUGUACGACCUGCACAAACUACUAAUCAGCCUGGGAUUACUCAAUUUAAACUGCCAACAUACGAAGAAGUGAUUCAAAUGUCCCAAUUGGGUCCGCCAGAAGAUCAUGAAGGAGCACCACCUCCGUACGGAGACUUCACAGAACAACAAAACAACAACAGUAGAGAUGGUUUUACUGUGAAUUCACAGCUGUUACAGGAAGCAAGUGUUAGAGGCCCUAUAGAAGACAUUCCACCAGAAUACACUCCUGGAGUAGUUCCAAAUAAAAAUACAUAAAAACUAAUUUGUAUACAAAUUGGAAAAAAUAUCGUUAGCUUAAAGUCACAGAGUACAUACUAUAGUAGUAAAUAUUACGUUUGUACAUUUGUAGAAAAUAAAACAUCACUUUUUAUUAUUAA